UUUUUUUUCGUUAAAAUGUUGUCAAUAAUAAACGAUUCCAUCUCUGUACAAGAAAGAAAGUAUGUGUGUGCGAUGUGUGCCUUCCCUUUUCCUACUUACCUUUUUAUCUUUCGGGGAUCUAAUUAUGAUAAAAUGCAUGCAACCCAAAAAAAAAGUAAUUUUUUUUUUUCGCUCAUUCUGAGAAAUCAUGUCUGUGGCAUUAAAUAAUCCCUUAGCUUCACUCGAACAAUUGGAAACUACAGUCUCCAGAAAAGAUGGCAUCACAGAAGAAUUAGAAGAAGAUCUUCGUAAUCUAGGCUCUGAACUGAUAGAAAGUGCAGGUAUUUUAUUAAAACUACCUCAAGUAGCCAUGGCAACGGCACAAGUGUUAUUCCAGCGAUUUUUCUACAUGGCAAGUCUAAAAGAAUUCGGGAUCGUAGAGAUCGGUAUGGGAGCAUUAUUUCUUGCAUCAAAACUAGAAGAAUGCUUUGUCCGCAUGACCCACUUGAUUACCGUGUACGAUAUAUUGAUUCGACGCUUAAAAGGACAAUCCACAAAGAGUCCAUUGGAUGCCUUUUCACAACGUGCUUAUAAUCUCAAGACCAUGGCGAUUGGUGCCGAAAUGCAGAUUCUACGCAAGUUGGGUUUUAUUGUGCAUGUGCAGUUACCUUAUAAUCUCAUGGUAAAUUAUCUACGUAUUUUGGACCUAGAGGAUCAUGCCAGUGUACCUAAAAGGGCAUGGAAUUAUUUAAAUGACGGAUUAAGGACAAGCAUUUAUGUGACACAUGAACCGCCCACAAUUGCAGUGGCGGCAAUUUGGUUAGCAUGUCGAGAUGAAGGGAUUAAAUUACCAUGUCAGGGAGGACAAGAAUGGUGGCUCUUGUUUGAUGUGGACUUUUUAAAUUUCAAAAAUGCUGCAGCACAUAUAAGAAGAUUGUACUAUAGAAAACUAGAUAAAAAGAAUCUACCAUUAUAUAAACAAGACAUGAUUUAUUGA